AAGCCCAUUAAUAUUACUCCACUCACUCAAAUUACGGGGAAAUAGUCGCUUAGAGAGUAGAUUUUCGUAGGGUUCUUCAGCGUAUAACAUUCAGCUUCAAGCACGCCCGAAAAUGACGAAAUUCAGGAAGCUUAAUCGACCUACAGGUCAUCGGAUGUCUAUGCUAAGGACAAUGGUAUCACAGUUGGUGAAGCAUGAGCGCAUUGAAACCACUGUUGCUAAGGCAAAGGAAGUCCGAAGGCUUGCUGAUAAUAUGGUACAGCUUGGGAAAGAGGGUUCUCUCUGCGCUGCAAGGCGUGCUGCUGCCUUUGUACGUGGUGAUGAUGUCCUCCACAAGUUAUUCACGGAAUUGGCGUAUCGAUACAAGUGCAUCUCAAACCUAGAGAGAGCUGGUGGAUACACGAGAUUACUUCGAACCCGAAUUCGAGUUGGUGAUGCUGCACCAAUGGCCUAUAUUGAAUUUAUAGAUAGAGCAAAUGAACUUAGACAAUCUAAACCACCAACUCCGCAACCUUCUCAGAGGGCUCCUCUCGAUCCCUGGACAAGAUCUCGACUUACCAGACAAUUAGCACCACCUAAAGAGGAGAAAAUCUCCGAAGCUGAUAAUUAAAAUACGAUAUUUUGAAAUAAACUCCAAGCACAUCCUCUCGGCUGGGCUGAGUCUGAAACAUGCCGUUCGGGAUGCAAUUUCACACACCCUUGUUCAGGCUGUAGUUGGUGAGCACCAGCUUCUUGUUUCAAAUAUGAUCGACUAACUUGAUUCCCCUUUUAUUGUAGCCUAGUGAAUCAGAAAUGUAGCACAUGAAGAGAAUGUGUAGGCUGAUGAUUGUGUUUAAAAGUGAGCAAUGACAUUGAAAGUUAACUAUGACAAAAAGAAAAUUAGAUAAUUGAAUAUGAGAAUCACUAAACAAGAGAGUUGGUGAAGCCACGCCCACAAUAUCAAUUGGAGGCCAAAGUACAAUACACCGAUUGCUUUGCUUUCAAUAUCAAGUACAUAGGAGUCCAAUGUCUAUACUCUCUCAAUCUUAUCCUCCUUUCCUUUCCUAGUAUUUAUUUUAUUGCAAGUCUGUUUUAAUCUUAUUUCCCAAGGUUGAAUUGAAUGUCCAACCAAUAGGGGAUCUAUAAUUUGUGUUGAAGGGAGGUGAAAGAAGUUUGUGAAGUUA